ACCUUACUCAAGUCCCAAGAAUGUUCAGCAGCGCAUGAUAGCUUGGUAAAUGUUGAUGCCUACAAAAAGGCCCGAGUAUAGGAGCGAAAGAGUGUUCUGGCGCCGACGCCUACGACAAUUCCAUGUUUAUUCGCCAUGUACAAAGAAGGGAGCUGCUCCGUGAAGAUGUAGUAUCAAAUCACAAUAUCUUAUAUUCUUCAUAGCCACAGAUCUCGUCGAGCACCCAGAACACCCUACGAAAAUGUCAGACUCAACCAAAUACACUUCCAAGCUCCUGAACCGGCGAGUACUUGUAAUCGGCGGGUCUUCAGGCAUUGGUUUCUGCGUCGCAGAGGCAUCCUUGGAACAUGGCGCAAUAGUCACAAUAUCCUCUUCCAACGAGGACCGCAUCAACCAGGCAGUCGAGAAGCUACAACGCAGUUAUCCUUCAGCUAAAAACAAGGUGUUUGGUGUUCGAGUUGAUCUCUCGAACCCAGAUACACUCGAGACAGAGCUGAACACAAUGUUGGAAAGCACAAAAGAGAAGUUAGAAGGACAGCAGUUGGACCAUGUGGUCUUUACAGCCGGCAACAUGGCACCUACGAUCAAGCUAGAAGACAUGACCAUGCAAAACAUUUUCCAAGCAGGUCAAGUCCGUUUCUUUGCUCCUCUUCUCCUGGCAAAAUUCCUUCCUACCUAUAUUAAGCGCUCGUAUACAUCUUCCUACACUAUCACUACGGGCACUACGUCAGAAAAACCUGUGCCUAACUGGAGUGUCGUGGGAUCUUACGCUGGCGGCCAUCAUAGCAUGGUUCGCAACCUGGCAUUGGAUCUUCGGCCUAUCAGGGUCAACGGUGUCAGCCCAGGGGCCGUAGACACCGAGCUAUGGGCAAUGUCUGCGAGCGAAAAGAAAGCAGCCAUGGAUGCAGUAGCGGAGAAGAUGACAACGGGUCGGCCUGGGCAGCCAGGGGAUGUCGCGGAGUCGUAUUUGGCCAUUAUGAAAGAUGUGAAUAUGGACGGUAGCGUGGUCAGAACGGAUGGUGGAUACAUGCUCACGUAGCAGACACUUCCAGAACCAUAACCAUGUUCGCCAAUGAGCAUCCUGCCAAUAUUAUUGUACAUUACCAAGUAGAGCUCUCACUCUGUGUCAACCAAACUAAGCCAUCGGCUCCCAAUAAUGG